AUUACAAUUACCGGGUCCUGGCUGGUGAUUACUUGCCGGCACCCGGUGAUCACCGAGUAUCUCAGACAGGAGAGAGACCUGUAUGUAAACAAUAAAGAUCUCUCCCCUGUCAGCUCCUGCACACUGCUUUGAAUGAGUCUGCAUAGCAGAGCCAGUGAAACACACACACAGCUAACAUAGUGAAACAGCACGCAAUUAACCCUUUGAUCGCCCCAGAUGUUAACCCCUUCCUGCCCAGUGCCAUUAGUACAGUGUCAGUGCUUUUUAUUAGCACUGAUCACUGUAUCGGUGUCACUGGGGAUGUCAGUAACACCAAGUCAGUUUCCCUCAGUGUCAGAAUGCCCGGCACAGUUCCUCUAUAAGUCACUG